CACGCCGUUGACUAAUGCCAAGAACUAUAAAAGCACGAUUGAAAUAAAAUAUGAGCGCAGAUGAAAAGAAUCAGAUGAACGAACAGGUAUCUAAUGUAAUUACGAGCUUUUUAAAGCAGCGAAAGUACACGGAGAGUGAAAGUUCUCUGAAGGACUUCUCAGUGGAGCACAAAAUGGAGGACUUGGCUUGCAAGAGAACGGUUUGCAAUGAAAGUGGCAUUCCUAAUGUAUUCUCGUUUGCAACCAACAGUUCAGACCCAGCCACGCUAAAUGAACAAUUCUCCAGUCUAAAAUCAUUCAUAACGGGAACAAAUCCGGCUUAUAGAGUGGAACUUUCCAAAUUUUUGUUCCCGAUGUUUGCCAACAUCUAUUUGGAUCUUGUUGCGAAGGGCCAAACGAUUUCUGCUCAAGAGCUUUUCACAAAGCACAGUGGCGACUUCUCGAUCGAGCACAAAGAGGAAAUUCAACAUUUACAAGCGAUAACGGACUUAGAACGUUUAAAAUCGAGCGAUACUGCGUCCAAUUUUAGACGAAGUAAAUACGUCGUCAAACUAAGUAACAAAGUGUUUACUUAUUUCGUCCAAUUUCUGAGAAGUGGCGAUCAUGUGCUGUUGCUUCAUCUGUUGAACAAACACUUUAGCAUAGAGAUAUCGCACAGUAAACCAGGACAGAAGCAAACCAGCGAUGAAAUGGAAGCGGAUGAAACAGAAGCACCGGUGUCAAAUUACAGAGCCACAAGAGGCGGUAAACAAGCGAAAUCUACCGCAGAAAAAGAAAACGAGAGCCUGGUGGCUUUGAAAGAAAGUAUUGGGCGUAUCAGGAAUGGACCUGCUUGUCUGCCCCCAGUUUGUUUCCACUCCUUUGUGAAUGCUUACCAAGGAUUAAGCUCUGCCGCCAUUUCUAAAGAUGCUGGUCUUAUUUGUGGUGGCUUUGAAGAUUCCUCAAUCCUUCUGUGGAGUUUGACACCAAAGAAACUUGUGCAAUCAAAGAGUAAACCAGAAAUAUCUAAAGUACAACUAGCCCCAGAUUUCCUUCCAUGCACACCAAAACUGGAAACUGUAUCAAGCGAGAGGGUUUCUUUACAUGGUCAUAGUGGCCCAGUGUAUGCUACACAAUUCUCAGCAGACAGUUCUGUUCUAUUGUCAGCAUCAGAGGAUACCUCUGUUCGGUUAUGGAGUCUUCAAUCCUACACAAACGUGGUUGCCUAUAAGGGACACAAUUUUCCCGUGUGGGCCCUGGACAUCAGCCCACAAUGCCUUUAUUUUGCAACUGGCUCCCAGGAUCGCACGGCCAGACUAUGGAAUUUAGAGUACACAUUUCCAAUGAGAAUAUUUGCAGGACAUCUCCAGGAUGUGGAUUGUGUCAAAUUUCAUCAAAACUGUACGUAUCUCGCUACCGCCUCGUCAGACCGCACUUGUCGUUUAUGGGACCUACAGUCUGGAAACUGUGUCAGACUUUUCACAGGACACAAGAGUUCAGUUUAUGCUUUGGCGAUUUCUCCAGACGGCCAAUACUUAGUCUCCGCUGGGGAAGACAGGCGCAUUCGUCUGUGGGACUUAACUGCGGGCUGCAUGAUCAGAGAACUACGCGGGCACACCGACACAGUUUACAGCCUCGCUUUCAGUGCGGACGGGACUCUAUUGACGUCAGGAGGACUGGACAGUAGUGUUAAAGUGUGGGACUUUGGCCAGGCGGUAAAGACUUCAAGUAAUGGUAGUGCAAGUGUCUCAGUUUCACCAGAACUUAUGGCUUCAUUUCCGACUAAGAACUGUUCAGUUCACUGUGUGCAAUUUAGCAGUUGUAACUUAAUUCUGGCAGCCGGUAUGCAGUCUCCCUGACAUAGGGACAAAAAAGGAGCAGUUUUAAAACAGAGCAGGAAACAAGCUCAGUAGAACAUACUAGUGCGCUAGAUUGUUUCCCAUUCAGCCAUACAUGUGCCUUGUUCUUAGGGCCCUGUUCUUUCUUGAGGGAAGAAGAGAGAGCUGUGACGUCACCUAGAGAGAUUCAACCACUCCUUAGUAAACUUGGCGCAGACAACAAGACAGAGAUGUCCCUUAGGUCUAAUUUUGAGGCAAUUUUUAACUUCUUUCAAUUCACAAACAAUCUGAAUGCGUCACCUAGGUAACAAAUCAAGGACAAACACAGAUUACUUGCAGUCAAACUAACUUUAUUGACAUAAUUCAUAUUUUGGAUUUACUUUUCAAUCCCAGUUUAUUUUCUGUACAAAAUCGAUUUGGAUUAUAUACAUACAACACUGUAGAAACUUACACAGACAAAAAUAAUUGAGAUUGAUUCUAGCUAACAGUGUUUGUUUGAAAAUUAAUUGCACAUCCAAGUUUAUUCUUACAAAUAGCUUUACAAAGCAGAUAAUAUGCAUGUGAAUCUUACAAAUUAAAACACGAUUCAGGCAAACAAUGAGAAAGCAGGCCCACACAAUUGGCAACUUUUGUUGGUUUUCUGACCUUUUUCAGCCCAAUGAAAAAACUGACAAUAGUUCCAGAAAUUGUACUGAAAUUUCCAGCAUGCAGUUGUCGGUUAAUUUGAGAUUUGAUUGGCCAAAGAGAGGAAACCAACGUAAAUAUAGCUGAAUAUGGCAGCACUAACACUAACAUAAACAUAAAAUAAAAAAGACAUCAAACAAAGGCAAGCAAGCCACUAGAACAGAUCUCUUUCUCCUGAGUAAACUUAAUUUUUUUGCACAUUUAGUAAAACUGUAUUUCUAUCAAAACCAAAAACCUUUUUUUGAUGGCUCACACAACAAAAAUGAUUUGACCUGUGGAUUUUGUAAGAACACAUUCAAAUGAAGAUUCUUAUUUUUGUAAAGAAAACAAACACUUAAAAUAAUGGAAAAUAUUUCAAACUAUGUUUUACUUAAUGUAUUCACAUCAUAUGUUGGAUUAGAAAAAUUAAAUACUAUCUCUGAGGCAUGAAUCAUUUAAACUAGAAAAGCUUCUUUCUUGUCAGUUAUUUUAGAAUGCCAUAAGGGAAAAAUGUCUGUUCUGUUGGAAAAUAACCUUUUGUACCCAAAGUAAUAUUGUAAUUUUUUUCCUAUCAUUUCCAAAUGGAAGUAUUUAGCUUUUAGAGACAGCACAAAAAAAAUUAAACACUACGAGCUUGAAAUUUCUUGGGGCCAAACACCCAUGCAAAACAAAAUAUAAAUUGACAACCUAAAAUUACAAAUCAAUAGCUACUAAUAAAAUGAAUUGAAAUUGUAUGUCACAUAGUUACAUAGGAGUGAUCAAUGUAUUGAUGGAAAGAUAAAUUUUGACAAGGAAAAACCAUAAGGCAAAUAAAUUAUCUGUUAGACUCCAAAUUCAAACAUUUAGUACACAGUUAAUAUUUAUCUUUUUUAAAUCAGAUUCAAAAUUCAAGCCCCAACUGAUUGCAAAAGGGACAAGUACCUGCAUAAGGUACUUAAGGCAAAUAAUACAUAAAAUUUUACUUUAUGAUAAAGUCACAUCAAAAUUUUACUAAGUGAUUUAGUACAAAAAAUCUUCUAAUAUUUUCAUCAAAGAGAAUAAAAAAUCCACCAAUUAGUUUCCCUGUUGACACUAAUUAAUAACAACACAGAUACUAGAACUGAAGAUGGUACCUUAUGGAAGGUGAUUAAUUUGGAAACAAUAUUAUUAACCAAGUCCUUAACAACUCAAAUUCAAAGAGUACAAACUCAGUCAAAAUCUGAAAGAUGUUCCUUGCAAGAAACAGCUAACUAAUCUCUGAAAAAAGAGCUCAAAUGAAGCCAAAUUUCUUACAUCAUAACUCUCAAAAAAACAGUCUGGCUCACAAAAAUUUUAAACCCAACCAAGGAGAAUUUCCUACGUUGUAACAAAAGAAUGCUCAUUGUAGAAGAGUGACAAAAAUUUUCCUGUGUCAAAACCACUAGAUUUUUUCUGUAAAUCACCAAACCCCCCUGCCAUCCAAAAAAUAAAACCAAAUAAAUAUAUAAAUAAAUGAAUGACAACUACAAAAACCAUGGCUCUACCCUCAGAUAAGGCAAUUGAGAGAAAUGAUCUAUAAGGGUACAAAUAAAGUCUGCAUUAGUUAUUAAACUCCCAAAAUCCAGAAAAACUCUUGGAAAACUAGGAUCAAAGUUUGAAAGUGGGGGUCAGAGAAAUAAGGUCCCCUACCAUAGGAAAUGAAUGAGUAUAAUGGUAGAGAAAUUUCACAUGAUGGAGUUUUCACUUCCCAAUUCCUUUUCCUAAUCCUUAUAUCCAAUCCCAAUUUGUAUUUUCCAAAAAAUCUUCAUUUAAAAUGUUAGAGUAGAGGACAACCUUGCUGAAGAUUAUGCCUCAUGUUAUAAAAAUACCAAAUUCUUAUUGCCAAAUAAUGAAGAAUUGUAUAGAUUUUAAGAAAAGAGAAUCAUUAAAGAAAUGUUAAAGGGAAAAUCUUUAACAGUGAGCAUCCUUGUUACAUAAAGAAAAUUCCCCUUUAAAUGGAGAGGUAGAAUUUUAGAUAAUCAUGAUAAUUCUUGCCUACUUCUAUUGCCACAUAGGUGGCUACCCAUUACACAGCAUGAAGCAAUAUUCCACGAAUAUUUCAAAUUUACGUGGUGCUACACAAAGCACUCUCCAAAAGGAGAUAUAGCACAAAAUAAUCACUGCGAAGUGCAAUGAGGCAAUAAGUGAGCAUAUACAACUAGUUUGCUCUCACAAAAAAAAAUACACUAACUGCAUUAAGGUGUAAAUAUAGCACAAUCAAACUAAAUAAUAAAUUCUUCACCAUGGUCUCAAACCA